AUGUCUUUCCUCAGCAAAGUGGCAGCCAUCGGAUUGGCUCUACCCAUCCUCGUUGAUUCUACUACUCUCCUCCCCCGCCAGGAUGUCAACACCACGUGCGCCGAUAUUCACUACUUUGAGGCUCGCGGCACGACGCUGUCUUACCCGGGGAGCCUGAUUACAGUCAUUGAUCCGUUGAUGGAAGCCUUCCCGAACAGCAACUACGCGGACAUUGUAUAUCCCGCCACGGACGAGUCCGGCAGUGACAGCUAUUUCCAAGGUGUUGCCAACGGAGCGAAGCAAAUCUCUGCCUAUGCCCAAACUUGCCCCGACGCAAAGAUCGUUUUGCUGGGUUACUCGCAGGGUGCAAUGGUUCUGGGCGAUAUUUUGGCCGGAGGUGGCGACAACGGGAUCCUGGGCAACCUCACCCAGCCCUCCGUGGAUGCAUCCACGGUCGGCAAGCACAUUGCAGCAAUUCUCCUCUAUGGAAAUCCCCGUCACAUGCCGAACCAGACCUACAACGUGGGCAACGCUUCUGCUUUCGACGCCAUCGGGAAAUACCCUCGCACAGCAAAGCAGCUUACUGCAUUCAACCUUUACGCUGACAGAGUGCGCGACUACUGCAACUAUCAUGAUGGAGUCUGCGAUGCUCGCGGAACAGGCAACCUCACUGCCCACUUGGCGUAUUCCUCAGACUAUGAUGCUCAGGCAGUUGCUUGGCUGGAGUCUAUGUUGCAUUAA